GGUGGCGCCUGGGACCCGGAGGGGAGGGCAGGCAGAAGGAAGAGCCGGACUCCAGCAAGCCUCAGCGUGAGCUUGGAGCAGUCAGGUGGCAGCACCCAGCAGGCAGUGCCCAGAACCUCUCCCCCCACCUCCAGGGACCUCAGAAGGAGAACAGCCGCUAUGCACCUCCCAGAAAGCCUGCAGGACCUGGCUGACAGUGAGGCUGUGCAUUUUCUGAGGAAGCCAAAGAGCAUUGCACGGAUCUUAGAAGGGAUCUUCUCCCUCAUCAUCUUCUCCUCCUUACUGACCGAUGGCUACCAGAACAAGACAGAGUCUCCCCAGCUCCACUGUGUCCUCAAUAGCAACAGUGUGGCCUGCAGCUUCGCUGUGGGCGCCAGCUUCACAGCCUUCCUCAGCUGCCUGACCUUCCUGGCCCUGGAUGCCCAGGAGAACCGCAUCGCCAGCACCCGAUUCAGGACGGCCUUCCAGCUCCUGGACUUCAUCCUGGAUGUCCUCUGGGCAGGCAUCUGGUUCGUGGGGUUCUGCUUCCUGGCCAACCAGUGGCAGCAUUCACAGCCCAAAGAGUUCCUCCUGGGGAGCAGCAGCGCCAAGGCGGCCAUCGCUUUCUCUUUCUUCUCCAUCCCUGUCUGGAUAUUCCAGGCUUAUCUGGCGAUCCAGGACCUCCGAAAUGAUGUUCCAGUCCCCUACAAGCGCUCCCUGGAUGAGGGUGGCGUGGUGCUGACCACCUUCUCCCCACCCUCUGCCGCCAGCCCUGUCAAUAUGCCCACCGGCCCAAACAGCCUGAGUUACUCCAGCUCUGCCCUGUCCCCCUAUCUGACCACUCCAAAGGCCCCUCGCCUUGCUAUGAUGCCUGACAACUAAACCUUCUUGUCCACAUCAGUAAAGAGAUACUCCUCCCUCCAGAAGGGUUUCU